CAGAUUUUAAGAAAAUUAUCGAAAUUUACGUUUGCAAUGGAUGAGAAUUUGGAGGUACAGAGCGAACUGGAAAGGGACACCAUCCCGAUCAAAAUCGGCAUAAUUGGAGAGGCCAAUCUGGACAAGCCCAUCUAUUUGGCAGAGCGCAUGGAGUAUGCUGUGUGCACGCCAUUUGGAAAACCAUCAGAUGUGAUCAUCGACGGGCAGAUAGAAGGCGUGAAUGUCCUCCUGUCGCGAAAUGGCCGAAACCACGACAUCAUGCCGAGUAACAUUAACUACAGGGCCAAUGUGUGGGCCAUGCGUAAGAUGGGCUGCACCCACAUCCUGGUGACCAACACGUUCAGCUCCCUGAGGGACAACUUCCAGCCAGGUCAUUUGGUGGUGCCCGACGAUGUGAUCGAUUAUACGACGCGGCGGGCUCAGACCUUCUACGACGGAGCUGUGGGCAGUCCUUUGGGAGUCUGCCAUGUGCCCAUGAAUCCCACCUUUUGCGAACGCACCAGACAGCACCUCCUGAAUGCCGCCAAGGAGCUGGACUUCCCCACUCGAUCCAGUGGCACUGUCCUCACCCUCGAAGGACCUCGCUACUCAACCGUUGCCGAGAACAAUAUGUUCCGUAAGUGGGGCGCCGACUUGCUGAGCAUGACUCUGUGUCCCGAGGCCGUUUUGGCCAAGGAGGCCGGCAUCCCGUACGCCUCCUUGGGCCUGGUCACCAACAUGGAGUGCUGGUGCGCCCAGCAGCCGAAUGCCACCACCCACGAAAUAAUUUACAUCUUCAAGAAGCAGGCUGAAAACCUCCAAAAGGUCUUGACCACUGCUAUUAAAAAUAUGGCUGCAGAGGAUUGGGCUGAGGAUAUCUUAAAGGCAAAGAUACUGGUGUGCAGUAACUUUGCUAAUAGUAAAUAAUGUAAGCCAGUGUUAAAAAUCUUGUUUUAAAAUUAAAAUUUGAUAGGUACGUAC